AUGGAAUUUUCAGAUGAGACAUUGGGGUUGCACGAAAGAAGACGAAGGCGAGAGCAGGAUGGCGCGGUCAACUUCUCGCAGAGGCGGCCUUGCCCCUCUGUGCGCACAGAUAUCAACAGCAAGCGGAUGAGUGCAGCACGGUUGGCACAGAUGACACCUCCCGAGACGCCACUCAGUCCUCAAGAGCUUCCCGCAUCACCCGGUACCCAGAUUUCUCUUUUCCACAACUAUCUCCGAGCCUUCUGUCAUUUCGAGCAGCCGACCAGUGUCGACGAGGGUGACGAGGGACUUUUGAUGACCGCAUCGAUACGACCUGGCGAUCUCAUAUUGGUCCACUCUGUUCACAAGAAUGGCUGGGCGGACGGGACAGUACUGACGACUGGCGCAAGAGGAUGGCUACCGACAAACUACUGCGAGAAGUUUGACCACCCCUACCUGCGACAGCUUCUGAAUGCGAUGACCCAGUUCUGGGACCUUCUGGGCGCAGGUGAGGACGCCAAUCUCUCCACAUUUGUCAGGCAGGACUACAUCCGCGGCCUCAUUGCCGGCGUGCGCUGUCUUCUGGAGCGUGCGAACUGCCUUCACAGGGAUGCCGUGCUCGUACAAAGGAAUGCCGGCAUAAGGCGAAUGCGCAAAGGUCUCCUAGCUGAUCUGUCGACGCUGGUCAACAUUGCGAAAAGACUGCAAGAGACCAUCAGUGAGCCCUAUGCUGGAGAGGUACUCCAUGUGCUGCUGGAUGACUUGGUGUCAAAGGCCUUUCGGGUGGUCACACGAGCUGUUGGCUUUGUCGAUAUGCUGGCUCAAGAGAGCGCAUCCUCGAAACAUGUGAAGCCUGGCACGCCAGCCAUCGUCGAAACACCUCUGCGGCAUCAGAGUAUACGUCAGACCAAGCCCAUGACUUCUCUGACGGUCGUGACCGCUACCAUCGACUCGGCCAUCGCCUUUCCACCGACUCCCGGAUCAGAGAAGGUGACGCCGUCUCAGGUCACUGCGCGGGAGCAAGUAGACGAUGAGACAGAUGAGCCACCGUCUGCAGUGAAAUUCAGGCCGCCGAGUGGAGGAAUAGCACACCGCUUGUCGCUCGUGGCAAGGAAGAAUCAGAAUCGAACUGGCUCUCUCGCAUCUGAGCGGUUAUCUGGAGCCCAUGAUGAGUGCAUCAGCCAUAUCGGGGCCUUCAUUGGGCUAUACCUUCAUUCUCGGCCGUCCGGAGAACUUGUCACAACUACUGAGCGCUUGGUCAAAGCAUGCGAAAUCCUGCUGUCUGUGGUCGAUCAAGUAGCUUCACACGAUGCGCAAAGGACGACGUCUGUCCAGCAGUCUCGGACCAAUGUUCAAUGCCAGCUGGACGACCUCACCAGUACGACACGGGAUGUUUUUAGGUUCACGGAUGGACCGGACGACGAUGUCGUCAUGCUACCAGAGCAGACGAACCAUCUCGUGAACGUCGGCACCAACCUCAUCCGCACGGUUGGCGAAUGCGUGAUCAAGACCCGCAGACUGAUCGAGCAAGUUGGUGACUUUGAGUUGGAAACAGCUGGUGGAGUGAAGUUGGGUGAAGGUGACAUUCCAGCCGAAGCUGGCGCAAGUGACAAGGAGGUGAAGGAUGAAGCCACGACAAUGUCCACGACGAGCAAGCGGUUAUCAAAGAAGAUGUUACCGCCGCCUCCACCGUUGCUAAAAGAGCGUGCAAUGACUGCGACUGAUGUCGCCGAUUUUGCUCGCCCUUCGACCGCUGGCGCAAAACUAGAACUCAUACCUUCAGACUUGCACAAGUCACUUCCGCCACCCCCUCGCCGCUCGUCAACGAGAGACUCGGAUGUUGCUUCAAAACCACCACAAGCAGGACAAGGCCAGCCACAGAUACGGACCAACUCGACAAGUCCGGCUCGGAAAUGCAGCGUCGGCACCGCAAUGACUGGCUCAACGGAGGCACGAGACUCUGGCUUCACUGCAUUGUCUGGUGCCUCCACUCGAGCAACGACGCCAGACCAUGCCAAAGACAGCAACAGCCCGGAUCCUCGUCUUCUCAACAGCUUUGGUAGUAUAACCAGUCUUCAAUCAGCAGCCACGACUGAAGAAGGCAGCGAUGUGGAAUCCCAGCUCCUGCAAAAGACAUACGCCAAUGAGCUCACUCUUAACAAGGACGGACAGGUCACCGGCGGCAGCCUCGCGGCCCUGAUCGAACAGCUCACAACCCACGACAGCGCCCCAGACGCGCAAUUCCUCUCGGCUUUCUUCCUGACCUUCCGAUGCUUCACCACACCCCGGGAUCUGGCACAAGCUCUACUUCACCGAUUCGAGUACAUCGGUGAUGGCAAGUCUGUCGGCACGCCGGUGAGGCUACGCAUCUACAACGUCUUCAAGGGCUGGCUCGAAGUCUACUGGAACACUGAGGCAGAUCGGGAUGCCCUGGGAGAUGUCCGGUACUUCGCUCUGCAUAAGCUGAAACCCGUCCUGCCGCAAGCUGGCGAGCGCCUCGUCGAGCUGACCCGCAAGGUCACCAAUGCCUACAGCGCAGGUACCUUCACAGGCCCAUUGGUCUCUGGUGUGGGCAAGACGAGCAUGUCGAUUGGAUCUCACCUGGACAGCAAGGAACGCGCACCGGAGCCGAAUGUCACGAAGAGCCAGUUGAACAUGCUUCGCAAUGCUGCUACAACUUCCCAUAUUACGGAUUUCGACCCACUGGAGAUUGCUCGUCAACUUACAGUCAUGGCAUCGAAGAUCUUCUGCGAGAUACAGCCAGAAGAGCUACUCAGUCUUGAAUGGACAAAGAAGAACACGACCAAAGCGCAGAACGUACGCCAGCUCUGCAUCCUCAACACAGAUCUCGCGCAUGUGGUCGGCGACACCAUCCUCGCCCCCGACGACGCAAAGAAGCGUGCCGUCGUCAUCAAGCACUGGUCGAAGAUCGCCACCCAAUGUCUCGAGAUGAACAACUACGAGUCUCUGAUGGCCAUCACCUGCUCUCUCAACUCCUCAGUCGUGCAACGCCUGCGCCGGACCUGGGAGCUCGUCAGCAAGAAGACUAAAGCACGACUAGACGAGCUGAACAGCAUCGUCGACUUCUCGCGCAACCACGCCUCGCUGCGUCGCCGACUCGAGAAGCCUGUCGCACCUUGCCUACCUUUCCUAGGCGUCUACCUGACCGACUUGACAUUCGUCGACGCCGGCAACCCCAAGAUGCGCGAACUACCCGGCACGACGACAGAAUCCGGCGAAGCAGUCUCAGUGAUCAACUUCGACAAGCACAUGCGCAUGGCGAAAAUCAUCUCGCACCUCCAGAAGUUCCAGGUCGCGUACAAACUCACCGAAGUCCCGGAGCUGGGGACGUGGAUCGAGAAGAACCUGCAACGAAUGCGCGAGGGUAACUCGGCGAUGGUGGGACAUUUGCACCGCAGGAGUCUUGUGGUGGAGCCGAAGGAUAUCAGGGCGUUUUCUGGGCCGAAGAGUCUGCCAGAGGGGCUAAGUAGGAAAUAUACCGAGUCGACGACGAGCAGCGAAGAAAUGCCGCAGCGGCCCAAGACGUCUGGAGGUUCAUCGGCGAAGACAGCGACGACGAGUGGGAAGAGCGAUGCGCCAAAGUUUGAGAUGUUCAUGAAGGCUGGCUUUGCCUUCAAAUCGAAGAGCGAUCUGGCGGCGAUGGAAGGGGCGGAGGAGAAGUGA